GCUCGUGCUUGCAAUCCGCUUUUUGAUGAUUUCUUAAAGGAUGAUCACUCCAAUGUCAAUCGCUGCACUGUUUGUGUGGCAAAUUUGUAAACGAUUCUCAAACAAUCUCUCUUUGUUGGGAAGGAUCAGUCAAAAGGAAGCAAGAAAAGAAGAGAGAAUAACUAUUAAACUAAUGUCAAAGUUGGUUGCUUAAAGCACUGAUGUGAUCUGAAGAAUUUAAUCUUGCUUUGUCCCCACUUAUUCUGGAGGAGAGAGAGCCCCCUCAGAGCUACAAAAGUAUGCGUUCCGGGGUGUAAUGACUGGCCAUAAGAGUAAUCUCUCUCGCACCGUCGUGUUGUGUGAAGGGGGGAGAGAGAGAGAGAGAGAAUAGAGAGAAAGGAGGCCUACCAGUGCCUCCUAGAGUGUUGAAUUUGAAUGGCUAUAGAGAGGAGCUGCAACGAGUGGAAGCCUUUCUUUGUGAUGCUGGCGAUUGAUUUUGCCUUUGCAAUUGUGAAUAUUCUGCUUAAGAAAGUGCUUGAAGAGGGUAUUGAUCAUUUGGUCCUAAUCACAUAUCGCCUAGCAAUUUCAGCCAUUUUCUUGUCUCCGAUCGGUUACUUUUUGGAAAGGAAUACCAGACCAAAGCUCACGAUUAGCAUCUUAUGUUAUCUCUUUUUCAGCGCCAUUGUAGGGGCAUCGCUCACGCAAUAUUUCUUCCUCCUUGGUAUUCAAUACACAUCUGCGACUUUCUCGUGCGCCUUCAUUAACAUCGUUCCUGUUCUCACAUUCAUCAUGGCCUUACCUUUCAGGAUAGAGAGGGUGAACAUAAAGAGAAGCAGCGGAAAAGCCAAAAUAGUUGGUACAUUAGUAUGCGUCGGUGGGGCUUUGACGUUGACUCUUUAUCGAGGAAGGCCUUUGUUCAGCUCUUCACAUUCACAGGCUGUUAUUUCGAUGAGUGAUCAUGCCACCAAACUCAAUUCGGCUGAUAGGAUGCAGAAUUGGGGACUCGGCUUGAUUUGCUUGGUUCUCGGAACAUUGCUCUGGUCUCUGUGGUUUCUUCUCCAAUCCAAGAUAGCCAAGAGAUAUCCUUGCCAGUACUCAAGCACAGCCAUUAUGUGCUUCUUUGGCUCCGUUCAGUCGGCUGCUUUGAGCUUCUCCACGUCCAGGAGCCUCUCUAUUUGGAUCUUAAGAGGAAGAACUGAAAUAUUCACCGUUCUCUUCGCCGGUAUGGUAGGUUCAGGUUUGUGCUAUGUUGGGAUGUCAUGGUGCGUCAAGAAACGGGGUCCCGUCUUCACGGCAGCAUUCAGCCCCCUCGUCCAGAUAAUGGCGGCAAUGUUUGAUAUCCCCAUUCUGCAUGAGCAGCUCCAUAUUGGGAGCUUGCUUGGGUCGGUCAUUGUCAUCAUCGGCUUGUACAUUCUUCUGUGGGGCAAGAACAAAGAGAUGCAGGAUUGUGCAAUGAAAGUAGCUCAGGAAGCCGAACAGAUCAAGGAGCAGGAGCUGAAGUUACAGGUCGUCACAGUGUCGUGCGAGUCGCAGAAUCCCUAGUGUGUUGCUUCCGUUGGUGGUCCCAGAGUCUGUAGCCCCCUUUCUCUGCCCCCUCGAAUUCCUACUUCUGUGGAGGGUGCAUAUGGUUGCUUUGUGCAAAGCACAGUCCGUCACUUUGUUUUCCGAAAUGCAUAAUACAGUAAAAGAGCACCUCAUUUGGUACCCA